AUGAGGGAACCGACAAUGAUCGACGGCAACAGCACCGCCUCCUCCUCGCCAGUACCGCCUCCGCCACAGGCGUUGCUCGAGCGCCUCAAGGACUACGGCCAGGAAGACGUCUUUUCGCUCUGGGAGGAGCUCUCCGCCGACGAACGCGACUUCCUUGUCAAAGACAUCGAGAAUCUAGAUCUUCCGCGGCUGGAUCGGAUAAUCCGAUGUUCGCUUCGAUCUCAGGCUCUACCAGUUGCCGCCAUUGAACCCGUGCCUGAGAGCAGCGUGUCCACGGUAGAGGAGAGGACGAUGGAAGACAGAGAGCGGUGGUGGAAGAUGGGGUUAAAAGCAAUCUCUGGCGGGAAGUUGGCCGUUCUGCUUUUAUCUGGCGGUCAGGGAACACGGCUUGGAAGUUCUGAUCCUAAAGGAUGCUUCAACAUUGGACUUCCAUCUGGGAAGUCUCUUUUUCAACUUCAAGCUGAGAGAAUUUUGUGCGUCCAAAAGUUAGCUGUUCAAGCUGCUAAUGAAGGUUCAGGAGGUUCUGCACAAAUUCAUUGGUACAUAAUGACGAGUCCAUUCACAGAUGAGCUCACUCGGAGAUUUUUUGAAAGCCACAAGUACUUUGGCCUUGAAGCAGAUCAAGUCACCUUCUUCCAGCAAGGCACCAUACCUUCUGUUUCAACUGAUGGUAGAUUUAUCAUGGAGACUCCUUUCAAGGUAUCCAAGGCCCCAGAUGGCAAUGGAGGAGUAUAUUCAGCUCUUAAAUCAUCGAGAUUGUUGGAAGACAUGGCAGCAAGAGGGAUUAAAUAUGUUGACUGCUAUGGGGUUGACAAUGCAUUGGUCCGUGUAGCUGACCCAACUUUUGUGGGAUAUUUCGUGGAUAAAGGAGUCUCUGCUGCCGCAAAAGUCGUUCGCAAGGCUUAUCCCCAAGAAAAGGUGGGUGUAUUUGUGAGGCGAGGGAAAGGUGGACCUCUGACUGUGGUUGAGUACAGCGAGUUGGAUCAGUCAUUAGCUUCAGCAGUCAAUCAGCAAACUGGACGCCUUCGUUUUUGUUGGAGUAAUGUAUGUCUGCACAUGUUCACUUUGGAUUUUCUAAAUCAAGUGGCAAAUGGGCUCGAAAAAGAUAGCACUUACCAUCUUGCAGAGAAAAAGAUCCCUUCAAUUCAUGGAUUCACAAUGGGAUAUAAACUUGAGCAGUUCAUAUUUGAUGCAUUUCCAUAUGCUCCUUCAACUGGCCUAUUCGAGGUAUUGCGUGAAGAAGAGUUCGCGCCAGUGAAAAAUGCCAACGGCUCAAAUUUUGAUACUCCAGACAGUGCCAAGCUUCUCGUGCUUCGACUUCACACUCGUUGGGUUGUCGCGGCAGGGGGCUUCUUAACGCAUUCAGUACCCUUAUAUGCAACAGGUGUGGAGGUAUCGCCUCUUUGUUCUUAUGCGGGAGAAAAUCUAGAAGCGAUCUGCCGGGGAAGGACAUUUCACGCACCUUGCGAGAUUAUGUUCUAG